AUGGGCUGUGGAACGUUGGUAAAGAGAAAAAAUUUGAAUGCCCAUUUAAUGGAGGCUGCCACAGAGCAUUUCGCCCUGCAGUCGAACGAAAUCAUCAAGCUGAAGCAAUCAAUAUUUAACAAGGUAAGGAACCAAAAAUACAAUAUUCAAAGGCAAUAAAAACUGUACCAAUUAACCAAGAGAAUUUGGUUAGAAAAAAAAGCGGCGUCCAGUGGAAAAUAAGAAUGACUUAAAACAUAGGCUUUCAAUCAAGAACACCUUUGGUCAGACCAAAAUAUACAGUAACUGAACCAAUAAGGGAGACUGCAAGCAUCCCCUGUAUCUUCAUGUUGAAUCCCCCUACUAAUUAAGAAAAGUUCAAUACAUAACAUAUCUAGUGCUCUUAACACACAGGAAAAAAUAACGGAUUCCCAUUUUUAGAUAUUUUAGGGUAUUUAAAGAAUACCCACAAAAAUCCCAAAUUUGGAAGAGCGAGACUAGUCCCAAUCCAAUCAGCGAACUUGUUUGGGAAUUCCCUGGUUGUGUUAAAUUUGUGAUUUUUAUUGUUGUUCUUUAAAUACCCUAAUAUUACAGUAUAGUCCAUGCAGUUCAAGAAAAGGGCCAGUCUUAAACUAUUAAUUAUUCAGUAUAAUGUUACAAUUUGAAUAACAAUAAUUUGUGCUUAGAUUCUAUCAUAAAUUCAUUGCAUAGAUAGACACACAGCUUUAAACUUAACACUAUUAUGUUUCUUUUCUUAAGACAAGUAAUCCAGUGGCAGUUAAGGUGAACAGGAUUGACUCCUUUUGUUGGAGUAUCACAAACUUUCCUCGAAACCUUCAAGUUCAAGGUGCUGGCAUAGGCGGAAAGGACCCGAUCACAAGUCCACACUUUAUACACGGAGGACACAAGUGGAGGGCUUUAUUCACCAUUGACCAAGAAUUGUUUCUCCAGCUGGUUGAAGCCGCACAUCCAAUAACCACAGAAAUCAGGUAAGAACAUGUCAAAAGUAUCUGUUUAGGUGGGGAAAUAAGACAUGGGGCAGAUCCUGAAAAAAGAGCAAUAUUGGGGAAAAUAAUAAUUUAUUAAAAGAAUUAAUGUUAUUCACCAGUGUGCAGUAAUACAAACAUGCUGUUUGAAAGCAACCUAAUUUUAAUUUCUAGACUGAUAUAUUUGUGUAAGCAAGGAAAAGAAACUGCACAGUGAUUCUUGGUCAAUACAAAAUUAUUAAGGAUUAAUGACUUGAUAGAACAAUGGAUCAUCAAACAAAACAACAUGUUGACCAUAUUGACAACCAAUAACAGCUAGACAGAAAACAGCUAUCAGUAGUGGCCAUCUAUGUGGGUGGGGGGGGUGGAGCAAUGUCAUCCCUGGGAACAUGCCAUCAAGUGGAAAAAUAACAGAUUCCCAUUUUUGGAAAUUCUAGGAAAUUCUAGGGUAUUUCAAGAAUACCCACAAAAAUCCCAAAUUUGGAAGAGUGAGACAAGUCCCAAUCAGGGAACUUGGUUGGGAAUUCCCUGGUUGGGACUUGUCUCACUUUGCCAAAUUUGGCAUUUUUAUGGGUAUUCUUUAAGUACCCUAAAAUAUCCCAAAAUGGGAAGCCGUUAUUUUUUCCUGUGUUAUUGUUAGUCAUGGACAGGGGGAUUUAUGAUAUUAUAGUGCAAUUGUCCCACCUCUCAUGACUCUAAUUGAGUUCCUUUUUUAACAUGUUUACAGUAUUUGUCAUGAUUUGUUUCCUGGGGGUUGACGCCCUGGUUGAUGAGAAGUGCAUAAUUACUUCCCAAUAACUUUGAUGUUUCUCUUCAAAGGAUCGUAAUGUCAGCUGGUGAGGAAACAGAGACUACCUUCCGCUCAGACACAGUCAUCCUGAAGGAAGGAGAAAUGUGGGGGAGAAGAAUGAGUGACAUAAACAGAUACGUAGAUGGGGAUGGAAAGGUGGAGAUCAAAUUUAUAAUAUACCAUCUUGACCUAAAAAUGUGA